AUGGUAAUUAUUUCUUUAGAGGAUGAAAAAGAGAUUAGAGAGUUUUGGAUAGAUGACAAGGUAGACUUGAAGAUUUCUGGUAGUCUACCACAUAUGAUACAGGCUUUAAUAGUAUCUUUCUCAAAAGACAUCCAAUUGGAUCUUGUUUGUUGGAGAUUCUUUGGUAAUGUGUCGAAAUGGUGUACAAUCAUGGACAUACCACUCUCAUUUCUAAUUAGUGACGAUGUCGCCAGAAUAUUAGAUUAUUGCAUGUUGACCGUCAGUCAUCUUGCCAAACGUUGUUGUCCACUUAAAACGAUCACUCAUAUUACCAUUUCACAAGACACUAUCGAGUUCCUCUACCAACUGAUCAGAUACAAGUCUAAUGAAUCCGAGUACAACCAAAUCAAACUAAUGUCAACAGAUUGUAAAUGCGAUAAAGAUGAUUGCAGUUAUGAAGGGGAAUAUUCAAUUCAAGAAUUUGAAAGUCAAGAUGAAAGAGAAGAAGAAGAAGAGGAAAUACAAGAUUCAAACCAAGAAGAAGAAGAACAUCACAACUCAAGCCAGUAUGAUGAAGAAGAAGAAGAAGAUGAUGAUGAUGAUGAGAGUCACAACUCAAACCAAUAUGAAAGAGAGUACCAAAGUCGUGGUCGUGACUCUAGCCAGUAUGAAGAUGAAAGGAAAGAUGAAAUGUCAAUGCUAGAAAAUAUCAACAAGUAUGAAUUAGCAAAAAGGGUCUUGGAAUCAAUUCAAUACAUGGAAUGUGUAGCAACAGGUGAUUAUGUGGAUGAUGGAUAUUUUCUCUAUAUUGCAAGUCAUUUGCCAAACUUGCGAUCAUUCACCUUUGAUCCAGACAAUAUCGAACGUUCUCUAGAAAAAAAGACAUUGGCUUUCCUUUCUAGAGAUACAGAAUAUCUCAAGAGGAAUGACCAAUAUGAAGAAGAAUAUAUAAAUGGUAUACCUGCUUCAUUAGAAGAGAUUUAUUUAUAUCGAGAUGCAAGCGAUUUAGGUAUUCAAUGGAUAUUCAAAAUUCUCAAAUGUCACUCAAAGACUAUUCGUAAUUUCUCUUGUUAUGUCCCAAGGGAUUAUGACAAUGACUCAUCCGAAUCAUUCUGGAAAUCAUUUAUUUCGAGUAUUCGAUCACUCAAUCUCCACCAUGCCAAAGAUAUGGUUUACCAAUUUGGCGACGGCCCUGAAAAAUCAUUAAUCUAUGAUCAUAAUAUUAAAGAACUUCUCAACACAACACGGAGUAAAAUAAUUUUUUCAAUCCGUGUAAAAGGGUUCCAAAGAAUAUAA